GUGCAUUUACAUAUUUAUCUUUAUGAUGCGGCUCCUUUUCGUGCGUUUCGUGCCGGGUCACCCGGGGCGCCUCCAUCCGCCUGGCUCGCAGUAGGCACUUAAUACAGGUCGACGUAAACUAAGGGGCGUCUGCGGGUGGGGGCUAGGGGCCCGCGGGUCCACCCGCCGCGCCCCGCCCUCGUGGGGCCUCCAGUCUGCGAGCUGGACGUGCCCGGGCAGGCUGGGCGCGGGCGCGGGCGCGGCGGGAGCGGGCGGCCGGGCCGGUUGGGCGGGUGCGGAGGGCGUGCGGGGCCCGGGCCGGGUCCGAGGGCCCGGGCCGGGUCCGAGUGUCCGGCGGGGGCCAUGGAGGGGCUGCGGCGGGGCCUGUCGCGCUGGAAGCGCUACCACAUCCAGGUGCACCUAGCGGACGAGGCGCUGCUGCUGCCGCUCACGGUGCGGCCGCGGGACACGCUCAGCGACCUGCGCGCCCAGCUCGUGGGCCAGGGCGUGAGCUCCUGGAAGCGCACCUUCUACUACAACGCGCGGCGGCUGGACGACCACCAGACGGUGCGCGAUGUGCGCCUGCAGGACGGCUCGGUGCUGCUGCUUGUCAGCGACCCCAGGUAAUCUGUGUUGGAGGACGUGGAGCCAUGACCGAGAGGACCAGAGCUGCUGGCUGAAGGAGCAGGCUGGGGGUGGCGGGGGACAUCUCCCAGGAGCCUUGACCUCACUCUGGGUUCUGGGCUUCCAGCA